AUGAUAAGAAUUUUCCUUAUUUUCACAAUAGCCUCGUUUGUGGUUGCCCGAUUCUCGAACCCCCCUCCUAGUCGAGUAACGUGGAAAGUCGGUGAAAUCCAAAGUAUCAGUUUCAACACAGGCUUCGAAACGUUCUCCAUCGCUCUUUGGCAAGAAGCCCCUCAUGGGGGCUCAGCAAUUCUCGGACCUAUAGUCUUUCAGACUGUAAACAAUGCGGCGACUCAAUUUACCUGGCUUGUUCAGACAUACGACUUUGACUUGACCGUAUCGAACGUAUUCUUUUUCUGGAUGUUCGAUGGUGACCCUUCGUACCAAGGCGACCAGUCAAGUCCUCAGAUAUCUUCUCCAUUCUUCAACAUAUCGAACAAGGCCACGGUCAGCAACACAACGUAUACGACGCCGCUGAGCACCUCAACCAGCCAAGCGCCACUAUCUUCAACUGGUUUAAAUUCUUCUACGGGAAGCAACCAGAAUGAGGCUUUCCAGAAAGAUUCUAACGAGCUGAGUGCUGGGGCGAAGGCUGGAAUAGGAAUUUCCGUUAGCAUAAUAGGUCUGGCGAUAAUUACAUGCAUCGGGCUCUAUAUUGGAAGAUCAAAAAAACAGAAUGAUCCUAUCAUUGACGAACCUGUCGGGAGUCCACAACCAAUUCCUCCAAAGGAAGAAUGGAAUAAUAAUGCAGUGGUGGAAAUUGGUACUAUACAGAAGCCAAGACUUGCCGAGUUACCCUAG